AUGCCUCUAUUUACACUUUUUAAUCGGAUUCGAAUUGGCUCCGAAAUAAUUUCAAAAUCUUUUUACCGUUAUGCAAAGUUUUGCGCUUCUCAUAAAAUAUUAGUGAUUUUUCUGGCAAUCUCUAUAGUCUUACCUCUGUGUUAUCCUGCUUUUAAUGCUUAUUACUUAAAUCCUGUCAGAAAUAUCGGGCAUACGUUUUUUUGGGAAUCAUCAUCUAGAUCACAAGUUUCAAGAAAAUCUUUUGUCGAGAAAUAUGGGAUUCAACCUUCAUUUCGCGUAGAACAGGUUAUGAUAACUAACUUGAGAAAACACAAUAUGGGUAGUGAUGUUAAUAUUUUGAAAAAAGAUUUAUUAUUGUUGAUCUUAAAUUUGAAAGAGGAAGUUAUGGAUACUUUCGUAAUGUGCUCUAACCUUUCACCUACUAAGGAAUUUACCCUUUCAGAUUUAUGUCUCAAACCUUUUAAUAAUAACAACACAUGUUUAAUUCAUUCUCCAUUCGUUUAUUGGCUAAAUAAUUCUGACUGUCUUUCUUCUGAUUCUUCUAUUCUUGAAACACUCUCGUUGAAAAGGGAAGCAUCUUCUGGAAUGUUCGUUCCAAUAAACUCGGUCUUUGGAAAUGUUGUGUAUGAUAAAAAGAAAAUUGUUAGUGCGGAUUCAGUUAUUUUAACAUAUUUUUUGAAAGACAUGGAGGAUUGCAAUGAAUGUCAGACAACGACUAUUUGGGAUGCGAUUUGGAAAAAAGUUAUAAAUGAUAAUGGCACUAAUUUUCGUCUCGCUGAUGAUCGAAUUAUAAAGAUAAAUAUGAACAACCAGGGAGAAGUAAACCAUUUAUCUUUUAAUUUAGAACAAAAUGAUUUUCCGAAAUUUUCAACAGAACAGAUUCUUCUUAUAUUGGUGUACCUGAUUUUUUUCCUAUGCACGCUCUCUAUUGGUCGUCCUAAUUCCGUAAAGCCUAAAUUUGGUCUCGUUUUCUUUACUGUGGCUCACGUUGUUGUUUCGUUAAUUAUGUCACUUAGCAUCUGCUCUUUAUUUGGUGUUACUUUAACAUUUACCUCUAUAUCUUGGAAACUAUUACCUCUUGUCUUUAUUUUGGCCGGUAUUGAAAUUAUGUUUAUUUUAACAAACGCAAUAGCAGCGACACCCAUACAAUUAAAUAUAGAAGAACGCAUCGCUUUAGGCCUUGAAAAAGUUGGGUAUACUAUUACAACGAUGCGUUUAAGUUGGCUUCUGUUGUUGCUGCCAUUUUCAGUGACAGACAUUGGUUCGAUUAAAGAAUUCUGUAUUUUUACUUCUAUUGCUAUGAUUAUCGAUUAUAUUUUACAAAUGUCAUUUUUCGUAGCGAUUUUGGUAAUUUAUUUUGAAAGAUUAGAGCUAGAGAUAUCUUAUUUAUAUAAUAAUUCUGAUAAAGAAGUCUCUCUUUCACAAACAAACAAUUAUAGUCGUAAGAUUGGUGGUUUAUUGGUGGUUCUUAUCUUCUUGGCUGCCGUGACAAAUAUUCAUAAUAUUAGCAUUGGCUCGCUAACUAUAAAGUCCGCAUUAAGAAAUUUACUUGAUAACUUUAUAGAUUUUUCUGCUAUACAUACAAAUAUUACUUAUUGGGAAUCAUCAAUGGAUGAUGAGUUUUGGAACAUUGUUAAUCUGGACAAAAAAAAUCAAUUUAUUGAAAUUCGACCUACUAGAUAUUUGACUUUAUCUUAUGCCGCUGAACAUAAUAAUAAUGGGUCAUUUAGUUCAUCUGAUGACAAUUUGAAUUGGAAGUUAAUUAAAGUGUCCAUAAAAUCUUUAGUUUGGUUUUUCAAAUUUUUUAUGUUCCCUAUUAUUGGCAUAAUAAUUGUAAUGUCAUUUCUUAUGGGUCUUUUAUUACCAACGGACUUGGUAAUUCGAAUUUCUAGAUUUUUAAAAAGGUUAAGAAAUAAUGAUGCAAAUGAAAUCACACCAACAACUUUUAAAAAUUCUUCUACUCUAUAUGACACCGCACCUCGAAUUGUAACUUUACGUGGUCGUCAUUCAGCUGAUGUGAAUUUACUUUGUGCGAACUUAAAUGGUGUUAUAAUAACAAGCGCUACUGACAAACAUAUUACAUUAUGGGACGGAAAACAAGGUGUACCAUUAAGAAAACUUGAAAGAUAUAUGCGUCGCUGUGAAACGUGUAAAUGUGAUAGUACUGGAGGUAUGAAAAAUUGUAUUUCAUGGCCAGUUAGGGCAAUGUGCAUGAAUGAAAAGCUUGAAAUUGCUGCAGCUGGUUUUGACGAUGGCGUAGUGAGAGUAUGGGAUAUAAAAUCAGGGCAAGUAACUUUUAUUUUGAAAAGCAAUGGAAACACUGUUGAAGAUGUUGAAGAUAUCGAACAAAAAAUGUCAGCAACUAAUAAUAAUCAUUCAGUAAAGGAACGAGUAACGUGUUUGCAAAUUAUAGUACCAAUCUUAAAUCUUCAGAAUACGUCUAAAUCAAUAACAGAUCAGAAAACACCAGCUAUACUUUUUGCAACUUAUCGAAAUGGUUAUUUUCGGGAAUGGGAUCUUGUAUCUGGACAAAAUACCCAUACAAUUUUUACAAAUCAAAAAGGUGGCAUCAAUUGCCUCUUCGUAGUUGAUGGCAAAAAACAAAAUUAUGAUCUAGAUAAGAUCCAUAUUUUUACUGGAGCACGAGACGGGUCUGUCAAAUGUUGGAUUCGUACAAUUUGUGAUGUAAAUAACACGAGCAUGUGGAAUUUACUCUACACAAUUUCAAGUGAUUUUGGAAACGCGAUAACUUGUAUAGCUGCUAAAGUAAUCAACGCAAAGAUCGGUAUUGUGGUUACCGGUGCUAUAGAUGGAGAGGUUAGAAUAUAUGAUUAUCUCACUGGCCAACUUAUCGAGAUAUUGAGUCACGGAACUUUUGAAAAAAAGAAACUUGCAAAAGAGAACAAAGCGCAAUUAUUAUCUAAACGACAGCAACAGAAAAAAACAGACGACUUCUCUUCUGAACAAGAUUUGUCUGAAAAAGAUGUCGUUUCCCAUAAGGAUGAAAUUACAAAUAUUAUAAUUCAUCUAUGCAAAGAAGAAAGUUGUCCAUGUGGAAAUACUGUGGAGGCUAUCGGUUUUUCAAUAAUAUCUUCUUCAUUAGAUGAAAAAGUGAAUUUUUGGCAGUUAAUCCGAAAUGAUGUGGACUGUGCGUGCAUGAAUUUCCAAAUAGGAGAAUUUACGAUUAAUGAUUACGAUAUCGGAGACGCCGAACGAAAAGUUUCUUGGUGGGAUAGUGCUGUAAUAAAAUUCAUUGGGCUUGUGAGACAACCUGGCGGUUCGGCAAUUGUUUUUCUUAAAAAAAAUGUAAUUGGAGUUCGUAGCGUUAAAAAUUCACAUAUGCCCAUUAAGAAAUGUCAUAGCACUGAAGGUGAAUGGGAAGUCUGGUCUUUAGAUAUCGACAAUCUUCGUACGCUGGAAUCAACUGAAGAGAUUGAUAAUUCCGAUAAUUCCGAUCACAUUGAGUUUAAAGUUAAAACCACUCCAUUGGUUAAGGAAGAUGAUUUGAUCGUGGAAGAGCAACGAAAAAACAAGAAACAACACGAUAGUGAAAAUGUAGAAGAAUUAAAAGGAUUUAUUAGAAGGCGUAAAGGUAUUUCUUUUAACAACCGUGAUCAAAAUUACCAGCUUGUUCAUAAGGAAGAGGAUUAUGUGCAAGGCCAAGUUGUGGAUUUUAGGCAACGAAGUCAGAAGCAACGU